ACCGAGCGGCAGGUGCGAUUGCAAUAAGUAACAACCACCUCCCCUCCAUCUUGCCUUCUCUCCUCCUUCCCUCUCAUCACACAUCAUCACCUUCAAUCCAAACCAACUUCACUUACAAUCUUCUGCUUUCACCCAAGAAGCAGAAUCAGCUACAGCAACUAGAUCUACUCGAUCAACUACCAAAAACCCCAAUCAUCAUGACGGAACCACUUUCCAAGGUCGACUCAGCUGUCCAAGGUCUCUCAAGCUCACCCCCCAAGGAGGAGAAGAAGACGCGGCGACAAAGUUCAGCAGCGGCACCUGGUGUCUACAACAUCAAUGACCUCGAGGCCGAGGGAAUUGAACUCGAGCUCGCUCCCGAGACUCAAAAGACUGGAUGGAAAAUCAACAAGAGCUCUAGCACAGUAGAGGAUGCUGCUAUCCUCAAGCUUCACCUCACGAAACCUCCCGUCAAGAGAAUUGCCCUUCACUUCCCAUUAGGACUGGAGGUGCAAGCACGAAACCUCAAGGGUGUAACAAUCAAGGACGCCCUUGAUGCCAUCCACAAGGCGUACAAGAAGCGGUCCGAUGAUGAGCUUGACAAGCCCUACCUCGCUGGUUUCGAGUGGGACAAGGAAGAGUCAUGGACCCAACUUAUUGUUCACACCCAGGCUCAGCCCACAGCCACAACAUUGGACGGACCUUCGGGUGGCGGCGGCGGCAAGAAGAAGAAGAACAAGAAGAACGAGGAAUAAUCUCUCUCGGCAACCAUGAUAUAUCUUCCAAUACUUCCUAUAAUUCUUGUUCGUUUCGCUGGUUUCGUUGCGAGUCGGCGCUCGGGAUAUUGCGUCUAGAUAUUCUCGGUCCGGUCAUACUCUGCGCGAUUGCUGGGAGCAUCGCCUGUACUCCUCUACUGAUAGUUGUCAUCGCUGGUCGAUUCGGUCGGCGUUUCAAGGUUCCAUGAUGUCAUGGCUCCUUUACAUAAUAUACAUCUCCAAACCAUAUGUCU